CUGUGUACGUUUUGUUCAUCAAAUGUUGAAGCAACUGCUUCUUAUCUUGUCUUGUUUGUUGUUCGUACAAUACACAUCUACUGCCAUGGUUUUCAAAGUGUUUCUCAGAGAAGGAAUUGUUGGAGGUUUUGCUGGUCCCACUGUAAAACAGGUCGUUGAAAUCUCUGGCGAUUCCAAUGGCGCUGUGGUUGCCCACUCUACCCUUAAGCCAGGAAGCAAAUUCGACUAUAACCAACAGAGUGGUGAGGUGACUCCCCAAGAGAUUCACACCCUCAUGGGCGAUCUUCAUAGCCAACUCAAGCAACUCCCAUUGGAGAACCCAAUAGGCAGUGAUGAUAUCUAUGGAAGAGAUAUCUCACUCGGAUUUUUCACUGAUGAGUUUCAGUGGCAGAACGGCGGUCCUGAAGGAUGCAAUAGAAGCCCUAGCUCCACUCAAGCUACUGAACAGCAAAAGGCUGUGUUCAAUGAACUCGUUGAGCGUGUCCUCAGUGUGAGCCAGAAGUUUGCCAUCAAGAAACAAGAUUGAAGCAGCGCUACCACAGGAAAGGAAAUUUGU